ACGAGGCGCUUCUUUCGAGUGUUAUCUACAUGAAAACCAAAAGCAUGCAACCAUACACAGCUAGUAGCGCAGUGAGGACCUGUAAUUGCAAUAGUUUAUUCAUCAACGAUCCGGUGUUCUGUUCAAGCAGGUACCUAGCUUUCCCCAGCUUCGCUGUGAACCUUGAAGAUCCUUUGGAGUCGAAGCACGGGACUUUUUGCACUCUGUAUUGUUUGACUUUGUCGGCUUGAAACAGCGAUUUAUUCAGGAUCUGCGAUUUUUGUAAGAGGGCAUCUCAGGUUGCGACGGCCUACUUUCUGUUUUUGUACUUCUCUCUCUGUCUGUGGCGUAUCGCACCUGUGCCGAUAUGCAGCCCCGUUUUGCGCCUUGAGAACAUGAUCAUGCCGGGGGAAGAUAUGCAGGCGAGUCACAACCACGGGCCUGCCGUGUGGAACGGUAGAUGCAAAGUUUUGGUUGGCUUUCUUGCCCGUGGCUUCUUGCUGGGAAGCUUCUGCAAGUGCACAUUUUCCACAACUUGUGUCAGCGCUUCGGCAGGCAAUUUUCAGGACGAUCUCGCCGCGCAGAUGACUGCUGCUGCCAAACAGUUACGGGCCCGUGCGUACGAAGCAAACACCUGUGUGGUGCCCUCCCUGUCGAGUGUGCAGUCGUUGCUGCAUUCCUUUCUGGAGCCAAACAGUCUGCCGCCCUCGCGGUCGGACAUCUUUGCGCAUUUGCUCGAACGGGGUUUGCCGAAGAUGAAAACAGCAAAGCGAGCUGCUCUUGAAUCUCCGCGUGACCCCACUAGUUUUCCCGCCGCUCUUUCGCCUCGUAAUGCGCAAAGCCGCGGUAGUCAACCUGAUCCUGCCUUUGACAGAUCGCCGUCAGGCGACGAGGAGAGACUACACCAUCGUGCGAGACAUGUCAGUCCUGAGGCAGGCGAUGCGCGAGUGGAAGAAGGGACCGGAAGAAAUGGCGACUGGCCGGAAAGAAUGACCGCGGCGACGCAGACGGAACGAAGCAUGCUUUCUGAGGGUGCCACUGCCAGUUUGUCUGCCUCCAGAAGUGCGGGGCGUGGUGUUGUACGAGAAGACCAUUCUUCGGAAGUAGACCGCCAGACGACUGAGCGUGGAGACCUCCACAGAGGCGAGCCACAGAGUGGUACACGCGUAGUUGCAGAGCGUGGUCGCAAAGAGCGGUCGCGUGCCCCCUCCCCCAGCCUAGAACGCAUUCUGGAAGUCAAGCGCAGACGCGUUUCCGAGAGUAACGUGCAGCGGUUUCUUCACGGGGAUCCCAACAGCAAGGUUGCCGUGCUGAGCCCAGAUGAGGCACCGAGAGAGGAAGAAAGGAAAAGUUGUGUCAAGCGCAAGCGCGGUUCUUCGCGUUGCCGGGUGAGGAGGCAGGCUUCUUCUCCAACCGCAGGCCGUCGUGGGACUGCAGAUCAUGCGCCAGCCCGUCGUCGCCCGUCAACUCAGCCUAGUGACGCUGUUGCGGCACCACGUCAAGCACCUGCAACGCGCCCGCCAUCGGAGCUGCUUUGGUCCACGAAACCUCCGCGAACCAAGAUUUUCUUUCUGAAGAAGUUCCGCAUUUUUUCGCAGGAAGUGUACCAUUCCUCCCAUCUGGACCUGCUCAUGAGUGAUUUCGAUUCCGUUUUUGUGCAACGGGAGUACCGGCUCCCGGAACAGGACGAAGGUCGUUUCUCUGACUUUACCGUUUUUCUUAUUGUGAGGAAUAAUCCCCCCUCCCCAUACCAAACCGGGACACUUCUGAAAAUUUGUGAUGCAGAUUUGAGACCACAUGGCAUUGCAUGAAGGCAAGUCUACAGGCUCCGCCACAUUCUACAGGCGGCUUGUCAUGCUGUUGCUCCUACAGCGUAGACGUCUGCCAUGCUAAGCGCCUAGGCCAAAACUUGUCUACUCAGGCCUGAUAUGGGCCUGCAGUCCUCGCCAGCAAGACAAAUCUGAUUUGUGACCUCAGAUACAGCAUCAACCUCCCCUAAGUGUGAUCAUUUCCGCCUCCCCUAAGUGUGAUCAUUUCCGCCUCCCCUAAGUGUGAUCAUUUCCGCCUCACGCCGGCGGUCGACUGUCGGCUAUCUGGCUCCCCCAGCUCAUGAUUGCGGCGUUGGCUGGUGAUGACGAGGUUGCGGACAGUUGACUUGUCAUCUGUCUGGUUCGCUCACUUUGCUGCCACGACUGUUUGGUCCCCGGCCCCCUGAGGCGGGGGGAUACGGGUUACCUGGUCGGGAUGUCGCGCGGAAGGUGUCUCUCACGUCCCUAGCUCUUCGUACUCGCCGCUGAGUACAGUCGUGCUCCUUGGUUGAUCGCCACACUGUUUCAUAGUGCUGAAACGACCCGGCUUUCACUAGGGGGAGCAUUCGUACAUUUUGUGCCCUCCGGGACUAUGCCUCUGCUUCCGUCUAAACUGAGGGGUCCACUUAUCCCUCUCGGUAUUCGGUCGCAGGGAAGGGUUGCCGGGGUCUCCCUCGCAUCGGUUCUCGAUGUCGGGUGUGAGUUUGUGACUGCGGGGGCAGUGGUUGGCUUAGGUUUGUGGAGUACUUCUGAAAAGAGGCUCCCAUUCCUUCUUCCAGGCAGUGAUCCUAGAUCGCUGCCACGCGGAGCCACCCCCGUAUUUCACCCCCAGGGGGUUGUGGACCUGGCAAAACCGAUGAGUUCGGGCUGCUGACUGUUCCACCUCCCCUAAGUGUGAUCAUUUCCGCCUCACGCCUCAAAUACAGCAUCACAAAUUUCGUUUUCGAUAUGGGGAGGGGGGAUUUUUCCUUUCGAUAUUUCUCUCCGUGCCUGCGCCGGCAGGAAGACCUUCUGCAGAGAUGAAAGAAAAGGAAUUGUGGCUGCGAGACGAGGCGGAGUGCAGGGCGUUCGUUCGGGGCGAAAACGUUUUGUCAAGAAGAUCAAGUUCUUCAUCCACCAGCUCUUCUUGCGAGGCGGAAGCAACCUCGUCUCACGAAGGCGAUGAGAGUCCUUUUUGCAAUGUUUCAACGCCGCAAUCUUCCUCCUACGCGACGUCUUCUACGGUCAGAACAUUGGAGGACUUUCCGCAGGGCCGGGCUAGCACCAGCUCCUCGACGUCCUCCGCGGGUCUCUCCUCCCCUCCAGCGGUGAGAAGUCUGCCAAGCCUCUCUCUCGACCCCCCGAGACCAGGGGGCCGCUCGUGUUUUCUUCACGGAGAAGAUCUUCAUGUCGCCUCGAUAGAUCUGGAGCAAGGCUGCUUUCUCAGAAGUGGUAGCAGCUCAACUGCGAGUUCGCCCUCCGUGGCUUCCCCGCCGGCCUCCUCGACCACGGGAAAGUUCCUCGUGGUCGGAGGAGACCAAGGGAGAACCGCAGCACGAGCAUCAAAUGAUCCGUGGGAAGAUACAAGAGUAGCAGUGGCAGAUGACAGAGCGGUAGCCGAACUUGCACCACUCGAGGAUUUUUUGCCCAGAGCUGCAUCUUCCUCCGGUCAGCAACAACAUGGCGGUUUCAACAUUUUUGAUGUAGUACUUCGGCCAAGUUUGGUUAUCUCUACUUCGACGUCGACCCCAUUAGAGCAGCAGGCCCUGUUGAUGUCCUCUCCGUCCUCCCUCUCGGGCGUGUCGAGUACCGGGCGCAGCUCUUCCUCUCUUCCCUCAUUGGUCACGUCCCCGUCUGGCGUGCAAGAUCGGAAUGGCGUUUCGGGCGCGGCAGUGCCGCUGAGGCGGUCAGGCAUUUUGUCUAUGGGACGAGCGGGCACAAGAACUACUCGCCCAGCUUCGAGUUCAUCGUCGGCACGAAGAAGCAGUGCGGACGUCGCGGCUAACGCUGGUAGUUUUCCACUAGACGAAGACCAGCGCGCUGGGGCACAAGACGACUCUACUAGGGGGCGUUCACGUCGUCCUGCUUGGGAGUUCGAGCUUGGGGAUCAUGAAGUAGAGAGUGAGGCUGCUGGUUCAGUGGUGGUCGACGAACGCGGGUGCAAGAAAUCUCGCAAGAAAAAAGCAAGUGCGAGGAGCAGUCAAACGGACUCUCCCAAGGCCAUUGACCGCGUUUUCGAGCAGCAUAGCACCGCCAUGAUUUUCUACGACAAGGAUUUGGCACACGGGUUCCGGGGGCGUGUAUCGGAUUUGGACCUAGAUCGAGGCUUCUUUCGCGUCAUUUUGUCUCAGAAGGAAGCGAGUUUUACUUUGCAGCAAGCAUGUUUAACGUCGAAAGCCCGAGCAAGUCAACAAUCUAAGAAUCAACGCAACGACACGAAAGUUGAGAAUGCGGGUAAUGCACACAAUCCAAAUUAUCCUGUUGACGAAGACGAUGACGAUCAGCACCAUUCCAUCUGCGGCAGUGUUGAAUUAUGCAGCCACCAUAAGUUGAAAACGGUCCCAGGAACAAAGAGUGACGGCGACGGCACCUUCGGGACUUCGGCGGGGACCAACAACAAGAGCACGGGCACUAUUUCAAUGCACUGGGAGAUCGAUUUUCACUUGCACGAGCAUGCAGUUUACGUGGUCCGCCAUACCACGGUGGCCAGCUCCGAGCUCGAACGGAUCGUAGCUGAGCAGCCGGGUGGGGAAGACACGACCGAGUUUUUGGCAUAGGUUAAGGUUUUGAACAAGAAGAUCACCUUCUUGGUGGUGUGUAGAUCAGAACAAGCUACUCCAGCAGCAGCGUUCCGCUCUUCAUCUUGAAGCCGAGUCCUAAAAAUUCUCAAGAAUACAGCUGCGCAAAAUUUAUUUUUUGGAAUUCUGACCGCUUUAGAAAGGGAUCUGCGAAACCACGACGUUUCAUCUUCAGCACCCGAAGUUGUGGAGUUUCUGCUCAUGAGCUGGGAAAGUAUUGAGAGUACACAAUUCGACGGAAGUACUUACACCC